AUGUAUGAUGCCAAGGAGCUUUGUACGACAAAUAUCAUGAUGCCUCCAAAAAAAAGAAAGCAAUGGAAUGCAGAAGCGAUGAAGAGGGCAGUAGAAGCAGUUAAGAACAAGGAAAUGGGAACUCUCAAGGCGUCUAAAGCAUUUGGCGUGCCCAAAAGCACACUGAUUGAUUAUGUAAUAAGUAAAAAACCGGUUGAUACAUUACUUGCUAUCAAAUUAGGCAGAAAAGCUACUUUAACAAAUGAACUUGAAGAAGCACUAGUUGAGUAUGCUCUCGAAAUGGAAAGAAGGUAUUUUGAUCUCCGAGCGUCAGAUGUAAGAAGAUUAGCCUUUCAGCUAGCGAUACGUAAUGGGCUUAAGCCUCCUUUUUCUUGCCGAAGUGCCGCUGCUGGAAAAAAAUGGUUGAAAUCGUUCAUGUCAAGACACCCAAAAUUGUCUUUCCGAAAACCACAGGGAAUUUCUGCAGCCCGUGUUAAGGGUUUUACAAAAGAGAAUGUUCAAGCAUUUUUCAACCGCGUUUUGCCAAAAGUUGGCUUUAAUCCAGCAGCAAUCUAUAAUGUUGAUGAGACUGGUAUUACGACAGUACAACACAAACAUGCCAAAGUGAUAAGUUUGAAAGGAAAAAGGCAAGUUGCAGCUUUAACUGCUUCGGAACGGGGUGCUUUAGUAACUAUUGUAACGUGUAUGAACGCUGUCGGUCGUUACAUACCACCAAUGUUGGUGUUUCCCCGCAAAAAUAUGAAGCCUGAGCUUCUAAAUACAGCUCACCUUGGGUCCGUUGCCAGAUGUCAUCCAUCGGGAUGGAUUCAGCAAGACAUUUUUACAGACUGGCUGAGGCACUUUAUUUUACAUGUAAAACCCAGCGAAUCCGAACAAGUUGUCUUGAUAUUAGAUGGACACUAUUCUCAUUCAAGGAAUAUUGAUGUUAUCAACAUUUCCAGAGACAAUUUCGUCCAUAUUAUCUGCCAACCUCCCCAUUCUACAAAUAAGUUACAACCACUCGAUGUCUCCUUUAUGUAA